CCGCCCUCCCUGCCGGCAGUGUGCGGCCGCGUAGCUCGCAACCCUGGGCUGCAAGUGGGGAUGGCGGCGUUUGCGGCGACUGCGGGGAGGCUGUUGGGGCUGCGUGCGGCUGGGACAGAGGGACGGUUGCUUCGGCUACGAGGCGCGGGGCUGCAGUGGGCCUUGUUGCAGCCCGCCUCGGCCACUGGAGAUGCGGCACAGAGGCGGCAGGUGGCUCACUUCACUUUCCAGCCCGACCCGGAGCCUCAGGAGUAUGGGCAAACUCAGAAAAUGAAUCUUUUCCAGGCGAUAACAAGUGCCUUGGAUAACUCGUUGGCUAAAGAUCCUACUGCAGUAAUAUUUGGUGAAGAUGUUGCCUUUGGUGGAGUCUUUAGAUGUACUGUUGGCUUGCGAGACAAAUAUGGAAAAGAUAGAGUUUUCAACACCCCAUUGUGUGAACAAGGAAUCGUUGGAUUUGGAAUUGGGAUUGCAGUCACUGGGGCUACCGCCAUUGCGGAAAUUCAGUUUGCAGAUUACAUUUUCCCUGCUUUUGAUCAGAUUGUUAAUGAAGCUGCCAAGUACCGCUAUCGCUCUGGAGAUCUUUUUAAUUGUGGAAGCCUCACCAUCCGGGCCCCUUGGGGCUGCGUCGGCCAUGGGGCUCUUUAUCAUUCUCAGAGUCCUGAAGCCUUUUUUGCUCACUGCCCAGGAAUCAAGGUGGUUGUACCCAGAAGCCCUUUCCAGGCCAAGGGACUUCUUUUGUCAUGCAUAGAGGAUAAAAAUCCUUGUAUUUUUUUUGAACCUAAAAUACUUUACAGGGCAGCAGUUGAACAGGUUCCUGUAGAACCAUACCACAUCCCCCUGUCCCAGGCUGAAGUCAUACAGGAAGGGAGUGAUGUUACUCUAGUUGCCUGGGGCACUCAGGUUCAUGUCAUGCGAGAGGUGGCUUCCAUGGCUCAAGAAAAGCUUGGAGUGUCUUGUGAAGUCAUUGAUCUGAAGACCAUACUACCUUGGGACAUGGAUACAGUUUGCAAGUCUGUGAUCAAAACAGGGCGACUGCUAAUCAGUCACGAGGCUCCCUUGACAGGCGGCUUUGCGUCGGAGAUCAGCUCUACGGUUCAGGAAGAAUGUUUCCUGAACCUAGAGGCUCCUAUAUCAAGAGUAUGCGGGUAUGACACACCAUUUCCUCACAUUUUUGAGCCAUUCUACAUCCCAGACAAAUGGAAGUGCUAUGAUGCCCUCCGAAAAAUGAUCAACUAUUAACCAUAUUGAAAAACUGGAAGAUUGUGACUAGAUACGGAAAUAUUUUUCUGAACAUUUUUCUUUUUAUUUCCUCAGACUUCUCUCUUCUUGAAAAGAGUUUUUAUGAACUGAACCACCUUGGAUAUUGGCUGAAAAUUUUAAAUUAGUUAUGGUAUUAACACAUAUGAAUCGAUGAUUUCCAGUAAGAGUGUCUCAGAUUAACUUUUUUAAAUGUUCCACUUGGUAGUCUUAUAAAUUCCAUUUAAUUACAUCUGUAAAUAUUGGAUUGGGAUAAUAUUCAAUAAAGCAAAAUCAGAUUGUCCUCA